AUGGGCUCUGCAACAGUGAUCUCAAAGAAAGGCUUCCUGUGUGCCUUGGAGAAAGAUACCAACCAUGUGCAUAGAGAGAUAGCACAGUCUAUGGAUAGUGGAAGGUUCACCAUGCAGCAACUGCAAACUAAGAGGAACAAACUACAUGAAUAUGUUCAGGAAUUAGAUACACAGGCUAACAUCUUGGUGAUGGAGAAGAGGACCUCCAACAGGCAGUUAUCAAUCUUGUGA